CGUGUGACCAGAACAGGGCCGAACGCUUCACCCGAAGAGCGCGCGUUUAUUGCAGAACAGGUGUGACAUGUGUUACGCGUGUGAACAACAGACCACAAGGCAUUUAACAUAUCACUCGACCUUUCUUAAGCCAUCGAGGUGUUUUCUCGUUUACUUAAGAUACUAAACCUAGGUGUGGAUGCUCGUCGGUCAUCUUAAUAGUUAUUGAGCGACAGCAUUUGGAUCUGAUGAUAAAGAGUUGGGAUGGACAGAGCAGAGUGACUGCAGGCUGUGCGCCUUAUAAACCUGUGUUACCGUUAGCGGGCUCUCAAUGGUGCGCUCAUAGUCGCGUGUUUUGAGGGGCGAGAUCAUCAUCAUAUCUUCAUCAUGGUGGUGGAGAGGACGCUGCUGGCCGCGAGGCAGGGGGACGUUCAGACUCUAAAGGUGCAGUUAGCGGAGAAAGUGCUCACCGCUGAUGUGAAGGACAUGCUGGGAGCGACGCCCGUACACCACGCCGCCCGGGCUGGAAAGCUCACCUGUCUACGUUAUUUGGUGGAGGAAGCGGGAUUACCGUCCAUGAGCCUGGCGCGCAACGGCGCGAGCCCCGCGCAUGACGCCGCUGCCACGGGCCACCUGAGCUGCUUACAGUGGCUCGUGACGCAGGGAGGAUGUCGCGCGGCCGAUAAAGACAGCUCAGGGGCCACUGUCCUGCAUCUGGCUUCACGCUUCAGCCAUCACGACAUCAUUCAAUGGUUGCUGAAGAGUGGGGAGGGGGAUCCUACUGUUGCCACGGAUACGGGGGCGCUGCCUGUUCACUAUGCUGCAGCUAAAGGGGACUUGCCCUCCCUGCGACUGUUACUGGAACACAGCCCACAAGUUGUCAAUUUUCAAACCAAGAAUGGUGCCACACCUCUCUACCUUGCCUGUCAGGAGGGACAUCUGGAGGUUGUUCAGUAUUUAGUGAAGGACUGUGGGGCGGAGCCAAGUAUCAGAGCCAAUGACGGCAUGUCUCCACUGCACGCUGCCGCUCAGAUGGGACACAACACUGUCAUCGUCUGGCUGAUGAGUUUCACAGAGAUCAGUCUGGCGGACAGAGAUAAUGAUGGAGCUACAGCCAUGCACUUCGCUGCCAGCCGUGGACACGCCAAAGUACUCAGCUGGCUUUUCCUGCAUGGUGGGGAAAUCGUGACGGACAGCUGGGGUGGGACGCCGCUUCAUGACGCAGCGGAGAAUGGCGAGCUGGAGUGCUGUCAGAUUCUGGUGGUGAACGGAGUGGAUUUGGGAAUACGAGAUCAGGAUGGAUUCUCAGCAGCAGAUCUGUCCGAGUACAACGGGCAUCAACAGUGUGCCAAGUACCUCCGCACAGUUGAAAACAUGAGCGUGGAGCAUCGCGUCUUAUCCCGGGACCCUUCAGCGGAUCUGGAGUACAAGCAGCCGGACUCGGGACUUUCAUCCCCGAACGCCACCCUGCCCGGCGCCCUCGCUCCUGCGGCCCGCUUCGACAUCUGCUCGCCCUCCAGCUCGCUGUCCAAUUACGACUCGGCAAACUCCAGUCAGUCCAGCACUGGAGAGAAAAGAGGCGGCUCACCUCCGUCCAGAGCGCCUACAGCAGGUGCAGACAUGCAGGCAUAUAUGGACAUGCUGAAUCCUGACGUAACGGACGCCUCCCAGAAUUCAACAGCACCUGCGCACCUGCCACCACCUCCAGGGUUCCCCCCACCUCCGCCUCCAUCAAACUCCUCCCACAAACCACCUCCUCCACCUGCUUACCCCCCACCCAAACCACCUGAGGAGGAGGAGGAGGCGUCUGCUGAGUACCUGAAGAUAAAGAGGAACCUGCGGCGGGUGGAUAAUGAUGGAGGAAGAAAAGAGCAGUUGAAUCCUGGCGAGAACCACGACAGACUGCGAAGAGUUGACUCGAAUCGAAAGUCUCGGAGCUUCAGUAAGCAGCCCAGUACUGGGGACUACUAUAAGACCCUGGGCAGCGACACCACAGAGCAGCGACCCAACACAGCCAUGGCACCCAAUGAGGAGGGUUCUGCGCUGUUGGAGGAACCGGCAGACACAGCCCCUGCUCCUGAGAAUGGCACAGGAACCUCAGAGGAUGUACCAGUUCCCCCUCCACCUCCUCCUCCACCCGCCAGCACCUCCAUCCCGACUCCGCCCCCACCUCCACCCCUCCCAUCAGAGAAAUCUGAUCCGCCCCCAGCCCCUGCACUGCCCCCAGCUGCACCGACUCCCAGCCAAAACCGGAUGUCUUCUUCCUCUAACAGCAAUAAAUCCUUUAACAUGAUGUCCCCCACUGGAGAUAACUCGCAGCUUCUGGCUGAAAUUAAAGCUGGGAAGAAUUUGAAGCCGACACCUCAAAGUAAAGGCUACACGACCAUCUUCUCCAACGGCGAACGUCCGUCAUCUCCGCCACAGCCUAUGCCAAAACCCCAACCCAAUGACGCCCAAUCCUCAAAGCCAGAGUCUCCAGCACCCAACAGCCCAUCUACAUCACCCGAUCCAACGCCGACAUCCAGCGGUGGGCCACCACACACGCUGUCCACAUCACAGUGCAGCGAGCAGCUCACAGACGCCGUCAAUGGAAACGCUGCACCCGAGCAGAAGAAAACCAACACGGUGGACGUGGAAACUCUGGUGCCCACUCACGACGAGCAGGGCCGACCCAUCCCGGAGUGGAAGAGACAAGUGAUGGUCAGGAAGCUACAGGUGAAGAUGCAGGAGGAGGAGCAGAACAAGAAAAAGGUGCAGGAAGAGGAGGCGCGUCUGGCAUCUCUGCCGGCCUGGAGGAGAGACAUUUUGAAGAAGAAGAUGGAUGAAGAGAAGGUGGACAGGGAACAGAAAAGAAAAGAAGAGGAAAUGCGACGGAUGGAGAAGGAGAACGAGGAAAAGUCGGAAUUGGAGCGACUACGGACGCUAGGCUAUGACGAAACCAAGCUGGCGCCAUGGCAACGGCAGAUCAUUUUAAGAAAAGGCGACAUAGCGAAACAGUAGAGUCCUUCAAACUAUACUAGUUGAUUUCAUUCACAUCUGACGUUCAAAUGUAGGACAUUGCAAAAAUCUGCCAGACCUUUUUAGACGUAGACCACAGACGGUUUACCUUUCAGCGUUUAUUUGAUUGACCGCGGUCACUUCUCAGUAUCAAAUGAUAUUAAACUCUGAGGAUGUGUAGUACAGUUAAAGAGAGAAAAUGAAUGAAUCAAAAACUAAUGUAUGAUUGUGUCUGUAUAGUAAAUAUUUCACAGUCCUCAUAAUUCAGACAUAUGUACAUUAUUUAGCUCUCCUUGUUUAACCCUUCAGUCGCCCAGAUGUUUUUUUCAACGUCAUUUCAUCUGUUUAGUAGUAUUUUAAUGUCUAGAUAGAUAGUAUAUGUCAAGAAAAUAUAACCUUUAAAUUUGCUUAUAUACAUUUUAUUUUGUAAUUUCAUGUGGUCAUAAUCUAUAAAAUAUGAUAGUCCUGAACAGGUGUUAUGGCACGAUGUAUCAUACGCUUCUUUAUUUCUUAUAUAAAACACUUUUGCUAACUGCAUUUUACAUGUGAAAGUAUAGAUGAUGUUGCUCCUCAUGCCAGCUGUAUGGUGGUGUGUAGUUUAUAUCAAUCUUCCCUUAAGAUCAUUCAUAUAUUUAACAAGCCAAACACAUUUAGAUAUCAUUACAAUCAUAUAAAGAUUAAAAUAAUGAAUAGCUAAUCUAUGGGAAUUUCCCAUAUUCUUCAGAAGGUGGCGUCAUUGCCCAUCAUGAGUCUUCCCAGAUAACAAACUGAGAACAGAAAACACACACACACACACAUAUGCCCAGUGACCUUUAGUCAGAUUUCCACAGGAUGUUUACAGUGGGAGGAUAUUAAUAGUUUAAUAUGUCAUGUGAUGACGUCUUUGUCUCCAACCAUGUUUUGGUCCACAAAAUAAAGCCGUCAACAGAAAAUAUAUCACAAAUUGUCAUGCUGUCUUUCUGUGCUUGGCAGUUGUAGACUUUGCGCUACUGUUAAUAUAUUUAAAGUAAGUAGAAAGUGCUGGAUGAGUGUGCAUACACAUGUUACGUGUCUGUCCUGUGUUAUAAACUGUGCGAUGUGUAGAGUUAAUGUGUUUGAGUGUUUGUAUAAGAGAAAUGCAUGAUCCUCUGUGAGUUUGAGAACAUUCUGCUUUUGUUCAUCAGAUGCCAUAAUGAUAUUAAAAACAUGACGUCAUUGCCAUUAGAAGAUUUUCUCUUCAUAAUUUCUCCACAUAGUAGCACUGUUAAACCUUUACUGUCUUGUGUAAUGUAUGAUGAUCGAUCGGUCACAUGUAUUUCCUCAUUUCACUCCACCCGCCUUUCAUUGUAAACUUUUGUUUCAUUAAUGGGAAAGUUAAUUAAAUAAAAGUUUAAGUAACA